AUGGACCAGUGUGAGGACAGAGAGGAGGGAGUCCCUCCCUCUAAAACCACUCUGUGUGGGGAACAUGAGAGCCAGACCAAAGCUCAGAGGAAGAAACGAGGAACUAAACGCAAACAUGAACCUGAACCCAGCUGUGUGUCCUUAAAGAGCAAUGAUUCAAAAGAACUUGCGACUGAUUUCAAACAAAAAAGUUCCUCUAGUAAAAUGAUGCAACAGGAGAGCUCAAAGGUUCCUAGUGGUCAGUCUGAACAGCAGGAUCAAAAACACCUGGACUCCAUAUUUAGGUUGCUGGAAGAAAACAUCAUCACUUUUGUGAAGAAUGAACUGAAGAAGAUCCAGAAAGUUCUGAGUCCAGAUCAUCCAGAAUGUUUAGCGAGUCAGUGGAAGGAUAAGGAGAUGUUGGAGGGUGAAAACCAGAAGAGGAGCAGCAGAGAAGCUCUUCUGAAGAUGGUAGAUGACUUCCUGAGGUGGAUGAAGCAGGAGGAGUUGGCUGACUCUCUACAGAGAAGAACUCCAGCUACAUGCCAACAACACCUCAAAUGUACAAUGAAGAAGAAGUUCCAGUGCAUGUUUGAGGGGAUCGCUAAAGCAGGAAACCCAACUCUUCUGAAUCAGAUCUACACAGAGCUCUACAUCACAGAGGGAGGGACUUCAGAGGUCAAUGAUCAGCAUGAGGUCCGACAAAUUGAAACAGCAUCCCGGAAACUAGACAAACCAGAAAGAACAAUCAGGCAAGAAGAAAUUUUUAAAGCCUCACCCGAAAGAGGUGAACCAAUCAAAACAGUGCUGACAAAAGGAGUGGCUGGCAUUGGGAAAACAAUUUUAACACAGAAGUACACUCUGGAUUGGGCUGAAGACAAAACCAACCAAGACAUCCAUUUCAUAUUUCCAUUCACCUUCAGAGAGCUGAAUGUCAUGAAGGAGGAAAAGUUCAGCUUGGUGGAACUUAUUCAUCACUUCUUUACUGAAACUAAAGAUACAGGAAUCUGGAGCUUUGAAGAGUUCAAGGUUCUGUUUAUCUUUGAUGGUCUGGAUGAGUGUCGACUUUCUCUGGACUUUCAGAAAACUGAGGUCUUGACUGAUAUCACAAAGUCCACCUCAGUCGAAGUGCUGCUGACAAACCUCAUCAAGAGAAAACUACUUCCAUCUGCUCGCCUCUGGAUAACCACACGACCUGCAGCAGCCAAUCAGAUCCCUCAUCAGUAUGUUGAUAUGGUGACAGAGGUCAGAGGGUUCACUGAACAACAGAAAGAGCAGUACUUCAAGAAGAGAUUUCAAGAUAAGAAGCUAGCUAUCAAAAUAAUCUCCCACAUCAAGACAUCACGGAGCCUCUACAUCAUGUGCCACAUCCCAAUCUUCUGCUGGAUCACUGCGACAGUUGUGGAGGAUGUGCUGAACACUAGAGAGGGAGGACAGCUGCCCAAGAACCUGACUGAGAUGUACAUAUAUUUCCUGGUGGUUCAGGCCAAAGUGAAAAAAGUCAAGUACGAUGGAGGAGCUGAAAUAGAUCCACACUGGAGUCCAGAGAGCAGGAAGAUGAUUGAGUCUCUGGGAAAACUGGCUUUUAAUCAGCUGCAGAAAGGAAACCUAAUCUUCUAUGAUUCAGACCUGACAGAGUGUGGUAUUGAUAUCAGAGCAGCCUCAGUGUACUCAGGAGUGUUCACACAGAUCUUUAAAGAGGAGAGAGGACUGUACCAGGACAAGGUGUUCUGUUUUGUCCAUCUGAGUGUUCAGGAGUUUCUGGCUGCUCUUCAUGUUCAUCUGACCUUCUUCUGCUCUGAACUCAAUCUUCUGGAAAAACAAACACCCUCCAAAAAGUAUGAAUCAAGAGAAUCUGCAGAGACACGUUUAUAUCAGAGUGCUGUGGACAGCGCUUUACAGAGUCCAAAUGGACAUCUGGACUUGUUCCUCCGCUUCCUCCUGGGUCUUUCAUGGGAAACCAACCAAGCUCUGCUACAAGGACUGCUGACGAAGACAAGAAGUAGCUCAGUGACAAUUCAGAAAACAGUCGAGUACAUCAAGAAUAAUAUCAGUGACAAUUUGUCUGCAGAGAAAAGCAUCAACCUGUUCCACUGUUUGAACGAACUGAAUGAUCAUUCUCUAGUGGAGGAGAUCCAACAGUCCCUGAAUUCAGGAAGUCUCUCUAGGGAUGAACUGUCUCCAGCUCAGUGGUCAGCUCUGGUCUUCAUCUUACUGUCAUCAGAAAAAGAUUUGAAUGUGUUAGAUCUGAAGAAGUACUUCCCCUCUGAGGAGGGUCUUCUCAGGCUACUUCCAGUGGUCAAGUCCUCCAAGAAAGCUUUAAUGAGUGGCUGUAACCUCUCAGAGAAAAGCUGUGAAGGUUUGUCCUCGAUUCUCAGCUCCCAAUCCUCACAUCUGAGAGAGUUGGACCUGAGUAACAAUAACCUGAAUGUUUGGGGAGUGAAAAAGCUUUCUGCUGGGCUGGAGAGUCCACAUUGUAAACUGGAAACUCUCAGUCUGUCAGGCUGUCUAAUCACAGAGGAAGGUUGUGCUUCUCUGGCCUUAGCUAUUCAUUCCAACCCAUCAUCCCAUCUGCGACAGCUCGACCUGAGCUACAAUCAUACAGGAGACGGGGGGAAGCUGCUGCUAUGCGGACUUGAGGAUCCACUCAGGAGACUGGAGACUCUCAGCUUGGAACCGGUUGGUGUCGAGUGGUUGAUACCAGGUCUGAGAAAGUAUUCCUGUCAACUCACAAUCGACACAAACACAGUAAACAGAAAACUCCAACAAUCUGACAACAACAGGAAGGUAACCCAUCUGAAAGAGGAUCAGUCAUAUCCUGAUCAUCCAGACAGAUUUGACCGUCCUCAGCUGCUGUGUAAAAAUGGUCUGACUGGUCGUUGUUACUGGGAGGUCGAGUGGAGAGGAAGGGUUGAUAUUGCCGUGAGUUAUAAAGGAAUCAGAAGGAAAGGAGACAAAAACCACUCAUGGCUUGGAAGGAAUGAUCAGUCCUGGUGCCUGGGCUGCUUUCAUGAUGGUUACUCUUUGUGCCACAACAACAGUGUAACAUUCAGUCGUCUCCCCUCCUCAUCCUCUGUCUCUAACAGAGUAGCAGUGUAUUUGGAUGCUGCUGCUGGCACUCUGUCCUUCUACAGAGUCUCUUCUGACAGCCUCCAUCACAUUCACACCUUCAACACCACAUUUACUGAACCUCUUUAUCCUGGGUUUGGGCUUCAGAAUGACACCUCACUGACUAUAUGUGACUUAAAAGAAGACACAGAGAAAAACUCAGAACUCUGAAAUCAUCUAAAACAAACAUUAGCAAUAAGCUGCCAUAGUAUUUUUUAUU